AUGCUUUCCACUUCGCGACAGCUCUUCGCUGCUACCCAGCGGCGAGCAAUAGCUCAUGGCAUCCGCCGCAUGGCGACUGUCAGCGACUCGCCAUUGGACCAAAAAGUUCCCCAAAACGUGCAUGAAGCCCAGAAUUUCAUCAAUUACAAGAAGAUGUCUGAGAACCUCGCCAUUGUCCGUUCAAGAUUGAACCGUCCUCUUGCAUACGCAGAGAAGAUCCUCUACUCCCAUCUCGACGACCCUCACGGCCAAGAGAUUGAGCGUGGUGUCUCCUACCUUAAGCUCCGACCUGAUCGUGUUGCAUGCCAGGAUGCCACAGCUCAAAUGGCCAUUCUUCAGUUCAUGUCUGCUGGUAUGCCAUCUGUCGCAAACCCUACAACUGUCCACUGUGAUCAUUUGAUUGAGGCACAAGUUGGUGGCGCAAAGGAUCUUGCACGAGCUCAAGACAUCAACAAGGAGGUGUACGACUUCCUGGCCACAUCUUGCGCAAAGUACAACAUUGGUUUCUGGAGACCCGGCUCUGGUAUCAUUCAUCAAAUCAUUCUCGAGAAUUACGCUUUCCCUGGUGGUCUUUUGAUUGGUACUGACUCGCAUACCCCCAAUGGUGGUGGUUUGGGCAUGGCUGCUAUCGGAGUCGGAGGAGCUGAUGCUGUCGAUGUUAUGGCUGACCUUCCCUGGGAAUUGAAAGCACCAAAGGUCUUCGGGGUGAAGCUUACAGGACAACUCUCUGGCUGGGCCACUCCAAAGGAUGUAAUCUUGAAAGUCGCUGGAAUGUUGACCGUCAAAGGAGGCACCGGGUUCAUAAUCGAAUACCAGUUGGAUUUCCAUGUUCCAGAGAUAUUUUGUACAAUUGCUAACUUUAUCACAGCGGCAAGUUACAAAACAAUUUCGUUACAUUUAUCAGAUUGGUAG